AUGGAAAAGAGUGCAGUCCUCACCCUGCGCCCAAACCCUGCCUCUUUCCCCGUGUCGGUUCUGCCGCUCGCUCAGCCAUUGCUUAACCAGCGCGACUUGCUAACCCAGCUGAAAUCUUCCGUGCUGGAGUGUUCAGAGUUUUCCCAGAGGUCCUGUGAAGAAUGUCUAAAAAAUGUUUCGUGCCUUUGGUGUUACACCAACAACACUUGUAUUGAUUACCCUGUAAGAAGCAUUCUUCCACCAUCUUCAUUAUGUUCACUCUCAAAUGCUCGAUGGGGAGUUUGCUGGAUAAACUUUGAGGCUUUAAUUAUUGCCAUAGCUGUAGUAGCUGGACUCAUUCUGGUGUCCAUAGCAGUCUGUUGCUGUUACUGCUGUUACUGCAGAAGGCGUUCCAGGAGUAGAUCAGAUGAAGAAGAAGAACGGCUAGCUAGAAAGAGAGAGGAACGAAGAUUACAAUCUCUUCAGAGGAAACAUGAAAGAAAACUGAAGCAUGAUGAAAUACGUAAGAAGUAUGGUCUUCUCCAGGAUUCUGAUAAUCCAUACAGCAGAUUUGAGAAUGAAUAAAGCUGAGCACCUUCCACUAGAGCUGUAACUCCAGAAUACAGGAAGACAGUUUGUUUUCAUUUGCCCUUUGGGCUCUUUUUUUUCCCCAAAGGUUUCUUUUCCUGGUUGUAAAACUAGGAGUGGAUAAAGACUUCAUGAAAUAUGUGUUUCUAUCUUCUAUCUAUAUAGAGCUAAUUUUUUAUAAAUGCUUUUGGUUGUUGAAAUGUUUGCUGACUUUUUUAUGGUGACAUUUAAGUGUGAAAUACUCUUUCCUCUGCUUAAAACUGUAUUUUAUUACUUGAUGUAGAUGGCUAAUAGUCACAAUCAUGUGUUUUGAAUUCAGUCUUGACUGCCACUUAAACAGUUGUUCCCAUGUUCCUAAAUAAAGAUUUUUCCCUACUGUAUCUUUUUUUUAGGAAAAUAAAAGGCAACAUGGAAGCACAGCUUCACACAGCAGAAAUAGCUGAUGUUGGUAUUGAUGAGAAAAUACACCAGGCCCAUUCUUAUCUACCACCAUUAUGUGAGAAUUGGGUGGAGUUUUCCCCCCCCCCCUCUGUAAAAAGAUCUUCAAGAGUGUAAUGUCUAAGGGUUGAGAGAGGGAAGCAUGUUUGUCUUUGAAUAAUUCAAACUCAGUUUUGGAAAUGUUAAUAUGUACUUUUGAUGUAUUACUGAUGUUAAAAAGAAAUUACUUCAGUUAGCAAAAUUGAAGAAGGUCAUUCUUGAAAUAAACAGUUAUGUGUGCCUAAAUUUAAGAAGAAACAUCAGCCUGUGAACACUUUCUUCUUCUGUAAGCUUAAUG